AUGAAAUUUUUUGUCGCUACGAUUUUGUUGUUGCGGUUGUUGUUGUUGUGGAGGCCAUCUCGCUUGCAUUUUUGCAGUUGUUACUCUUAUGAGAGUUGGUUGUUUAACACUGGUGACGAUGCGGGCGAUGAAGAUGUAGAAGGAAAGAACGAAAACUACAUCAACAACAACAACAACAUCAACAUCAAAAACAACAACCGCAACAUCAACAACAACAUCAACAGUCAAAUCAUUAGUGAGUUUAACAACGUAAGCAACAUUUUCAACGAGAGCGCUAAUGAGAUCGAACAAAAUGACAACAACAACAACAACAACAGUGAAAUCACCGAUGACGUCAUCAACAACGUUAACAACAAAAGCAAAAAGAGGGUUAAAAGGAUAAUAGCAAGAACGGAAAGAACAACGAAAAAAAACUUUCAAAGAAAUUUUAAUGAGGCUGGAUUCAUCGAGGAGAAGUUGCACGAAAUAAAAGUGACCGCUGUCCAGUCUCGCCUAUUGAACAACUCAGAACAAGGAUUUUACAGUGAGGAAUUUUAA